GGUACAAAACAAAAGAGAGAACGGAAGAAGACUGUGUCAUUUAGCAGCAUGCCGACUGAGAAGAAGAUCAGUAGUGCAAGUGACUGUAUUAAUGCAAUGGUUGAAGGCUCUGAGCUCAGAAAGUUUCGAUCCAACUCGAGAGUAUAUCACCGGUACUUUCUUUUAGAUGCAGAUAUGCAGUCCCUGCGUUGGGAACCUUCAAAGAAGGAUUCAGAAAAAGCAAAGAUUGAUAUUAAAUCAGUCAAAGAAGUGAGAACAGGAAAAAAUACAGAUAUAUUCCGCAGCAAUGGAAUUUAUGACCAGAUAUCAGAAGACUGUGCAUUUUCCAUUAUUUAUGGAGAUAACUAUGAGUCUCUAGAUCUCGUUGCUAACUCAGCAGAUGUUGCAAACAUUUGGGUUACUGGGCUAAGAUACCUAAUUUCUUAUGGAAAACAUACACUAGAUAUGAUAGAAAGUAGCCAAGAUAAUAUGCGGACUUCAUGGGUUUCACAAAUGUUCUGUGAAACUGAUGUAGAUAAUUUUGGACAUAUAGCCCUUUAUAAAGCUGUUCAAUUUAUAAAAAAAUUAAAUCCGGGUUUAAAAACAAGUAAAAUUGAGCUGAAGUUCAAAGAGUUACAUAGAUCCAAGGACAAAACUGGUACUGAAGUCACAAAGGAAGAAUUUAUUGAAGUUUUCCAUGAACUUUGUACCCGACCUGAGAUCUACUUCUUAUUGGUUCAGUUUUCCAGCAAUAAAGAAUUCCUAGAUACCAAGGACCUUAUGAUGUUUUUAGAAGCAGAACAGGGAAUGGCACAUGUCACAGAAGAAAUAAGUCUUGAAAUUAUUCACAAAUAUGAACCAUCAAAAGAAGGCCAGGAAAAGGGCUGGCUCUCAAUAGAUGGUUUUACUAAUUAUCUUACUUCACCUGACUGUCAUAUAUUUGAUCCAGAGCAUAAAAAGGUUUGUCAGGAUAUGAAACAACCUUUAUCCCAUUAUUUCAUAAACGCUUCUCACAAUACAUACUUGAUAGAGGACCAGUUCCGAGGUCCAUCAGAUAUCACAGGAUAUAUUCGUGCUCUUAAAAUGGGUUGCCGAAGUGUUGAAUUGGAUGUAUGGGAUGGUCCAGAUAAUGAGCCUGUAAUUUAUACAGGACAUACAAUGACAUCACAGAUAGUCUUCCGCAGUGUAAUUGACAUUAUUAACAAGUAUGCAUUUUUUGCUUCAGAAUACCCUCUUAUUCUGUGUUUAGAAAAUCAUUGUUCUAUUAAGCAGCAGAAAGUUAUGGUUCAACACAUGAAGAAAAUUUUGGGCGACAAGCUACACACACAGUCUCCAAACAUAGAAGAGUCUUAUCUUCCCUCACCUGACUCACUUAAAGGGAAAAUACUAAUUAAAGCAAAGAAGCUUUCCUCUAAUUGCUCUGGGCUAGAGGGAGAUGUUACAGAUGAAGAUGAAGGAGCAGAAAUGUCACAAAGAGUAGGGAAAGAGGGUGCAGAACAACAGAACACUGUGAUAGUGAAACGAUUUCAGCUUUGCAAAGAGCUUUCCGAAUUGGUAAGCAUAUGUAAAUCAGUUCAGUUCAAAGAGUUUCAAGUCUCAUUUCAGCUCCAGAAAUACUGGGAAGUUUGUUCAUUUAAUGAAGUGCUUGCUAGCAAGUAUGCCAAUGAAAAUCCAGGAGACUUUGUAAAUUACAAUAAACGUUUUCUUGCCAGGGUUUUUCCUAGCCCUAUGAGGAUUGACUCUAGUAAUAUGAAUCCCCAGGAUUUUUGGAAGUGUGGCUGUCAGAUAGUAGCCAUGAACUUUCAGACACCUGGCUUAAUGAUGGACCUUAACAUUGGUUGGUUUCGACAAAAUGGGAAUUGUGGUUAUGUCCUUCGUCCUGCCAUCAUGCGAGAGGAAGUAUCCUUCUUCAGUGCAAAUACAAAAGAUACUGUGCCUGGAGUUUCACCUCAGCUUCUUCAUGUUAAAAUUAUUAGUGGGCAAAACUUUCCUAAACCCAAAGGGUCCGGUGCCAAAGGUGAUGUUGUAGAUCCGUAUGUAUAUGUAGAAAUUCAUGGAAUCCCAGCAGACUGUGCAGAAAAAAGGACAAAAACUGUGCAUCAAAAUGGAGACAAUCCAAUUUUUGAUGAAAGUUUUGAAUUUCAAAUUAAUCUUCCUGAACUUGCUGUCAUGCGUUUUGUAGUACUAGAUGAUGAUUACAUUGGGGAUGAAUUUAUUGGGCAGUACACUAUUCCCUUUGAGUGUUUACAGGCAGGCUAUCGGCAUGUUCCAUUGCAAUCUUUAACUGGAGAAAUUUUAGCACAUGCUUUCUUGUUUGUACAUGUUGCCAUUACUAAUCGAAGGGGUGGUGGGAAACCUCAUAAACGGGGCCUCUCAGUGAGGAAAGGAAAGAAAUCCAGGGAAUAUGCCUCUAUGAGAACAUUAUGGAUUAAAACCAUAGAUGAAGUAUUCAAGAAUGCUCUCCAGCCUAUACGGGAUGCCACAGAUCUGAGAGAAAAUAUGCAGAAUGCAGUAGUUUCAUUCAAAGAAUUAUGUGGCCUUUCUCCUGUAGCAAAUCUUAUGCAGUGUAUUCUGGCAGUGUCUACCCGCUUGGUUGGACCUGAUAGUACACCCUUGGUACUACUGAAUCUCAAUGAUCAGUAUCCCACUAUGGAGAUCCAAGGGACUGUUCCAGAGGUCUUGAAAAAGAUUGUGACUGCAUAUGACAUGAUGAUUCAGACCAUCAAGACUCUGAUUGAAACUGCAAAUAGUGUAUAUGAGAAGAUAGUACAGUGUCAGAAGGCAGCAAUGGAGUUCCAUGAAAACCUACACAAUAUAGGAGCAAAAGAAGGUUUAAAAGAAAGGAAACUACAGAAAGCAGUAGAGAGUUUUACCUGGAAUAUUACAAUUUUAAAGGGACAAGCUGAUCUUCUAAAAUAUGCUAAAAAUGAGACAUUGGAGAAUCUGAAACAAAUCCAUUAUGCUGCUCUUUCAUGUGGACUCAAUAAACCGGGCACUGAAAAUGCAGAAGUCUCAAAGCCCCGUCGAAGCCUGGAGGCCAUACCUGAAAAGUCAAGUGAUGAAAUUGGAGAAUGAGGGAACUUUCUACUCAUAAUUCUGGAGUUUAUAACUCUGCAACCAAUUGUAGCUGCACAGGACAUUUGCUUUUACCUAAUAUUGAAAACUAUAUUUGGAGUUUUUAAAGCACAACUGGAAAAGCUAAUUACAAUCUAUUAAAACUGUGAACAUACUUUGCAAUUCUGCGUGUGACGGCAAUGAAAUUGUUUAACAUGGAAAUUAUCUUGCUGGCCAAAAUGUAUAUGUGUAAAAUAUAUCAUACAGUGUCCUGAAAAGGGAAGGUGGAUUCAUAGGUGGACUGAGACUGUGCUUGAUUUUCAAAAUAAUUAGGUGUGCAAUUCCUUGAUUUUUGUGCAAAAUUCAGUAAUUGUUUGUAAUACAUGGGUAUGCAAUUGUGCACCUAACUUAUGAAAAUCAGGUCAAUAAAAUGAAUUACACAUUCUCUGAAAAAUGUGGAUUUUAUUUUAGACACUUGAGGGUAUUUGGGUUUGAAGGGGAAUUUUUUUUUUUUCUUGUUGAGCCAUAAGUAAAAAGGAGAAUGUAACUAGACAGUGCUCACUGACACUUCAGUGCACUAUAGAAGAGCCAUUGUGUGAAAGGAAAAUGUGCAAUCAGUCUGAUAUAGUCUAGGCCUGAAGACGAUACAUACCUAUGAACUUCAGCAAAUGUGUACAGCUAAUGUAAAAGUGACCAAACUGCGAGUAAAGUGUUAUAAAUAUUUUUUUCAUUCUGUGAAGUGAAGUGUUCACAUUAAAAGCAAGUUUUGUGACGUCUCUCCCAUGCAAGUAAAUCUUUUAACUAAACUUUAACUUUAUUUUUCAGUUUAAAAAUAUUUUCUUCCAUACACAAUAGGUGAUAUCUCAGUUACGAGGUUUGUCAAAAACCUGUUUCUGUUAUUUAUUUUAGAUUAAGAGUACAUUAGCUACUGUACCUUUAAGUUAUUAUACAAACUUAGAGCCAUCUAUUAGGGCUUCUGAUUUAAGUGCAGUGUAUCAUCACACAGUGCAAUAUAGUCAAAGAAAAAUAAGAUUAAAAUGCAGCUUCUAAUCUGCGGGGGGAUUUUAUUGAAUCCUUGAGUGGCACUUUACACUAGACGGAGGUUUCACUUAUACCAAACCAAGGUCCUGAUUCUGCAAUGAAAGCUGUAUGAGUGGACCUCUUCAUCUACAC